AUGUCUACAGGACCGUCGCCUCUACCUUCACCCUUGUUGAAUGAUCAGUCCGGAUGGUUCCCAUCCGACCGGAGUGCUAAGGCUCGGUUCAAGGCCCUGUUUACUCGUGCCAAGUCCGAAAAGGCCGGCCGGCAAGGUUCAUCCAGCAUCGGUUCCGCCCAGCACCUUGAAUCUCGGCCAUGCGCUUCACCUCAGGCCAAUUUCGCGACCCGCGGUCGUAGCACCACUUGGUCGAACAAACAGCGUGAGUCCCAGCACAGCGGGAAGCAGCAGCGGUGUCGGAAUAUGACUUCGUGGGACCCUCCUCCGCUGAUCCAGGCCUACACACAAGCGAAGAUGCACACUUUUCUAGACAUUCCGUCCACCUUGACCGACACCCUCUUCAGGAACAAUCAGCAGAGAGACAGCACAUCCGGAGAGUCUUCUUCGCGGUCCAGUCUGGAUAAUCAUCUUUUGUCAGCUGCGGCUGAAGACGCGGGCUUGAGGCACAAACGGAAUUGCUCGGGUGCCAGCACUUGUUCUCUCAGCCAAAAGCUGGUUAUCUUGACCCGUUCAGGCUACAUUCUGCAGUACCACGCCGACGGGUUCAACGACCGUCUUCCCGAAAAAAUCCUCGAACUCGGCCCUGACUCUUUGGCCUUUGCCAGCGACGAUAUUCCUGGAAAGCAUUGGGUUCUGCGAGUUUCCCACGCUGAACAGUCGACAUCACAAGCCUCGAGGAAUACCUGGUCGAAGUUGAUGUUCAAGCAUUCCGAAGACAAGAAACUCGUCAAGGAUCUUCUCCUCAUCUUCGAUGAUGCCAUCUCCCUGGGACUGUGGCUCACGGCCAUUCGCAAAGAAAUCGAACUACUCGGAGGUUUGCAAUAUCGACCCGACUCUAGAGGUCCUGAGGAGGACGAGUCGAAAUUGCCCAGUCACCCCCCCCUCAGGGCUCGGAGAAGUCUUCCAGUGUUCUCCCGUUCGUCGUCUCAUCUCCCCGUGGAAAAGCCGUCCUCGCCUGUACUUUUGCCACCAAUGCCACAACGUUCUGCUCGCAAGAUCUCAAGGUCGACAACCGACUCGUCCAUUCAUACCCUUACGGAUCUGGACAAUAUCCGGGAACCAUCAUUCUCUGAUGACCGCUCGGUUUCCACCGCCCAUACCAGCUUCACCAGCUCCACGACUUCUGGCUUUCACGCCGUUGACUCAUUCUCCAGCGCGGAAUACUAUGAGCCUCCCGUACCGGGCGAUUCUCAGUCGCGCGAGUCUACACCGACUCAAGACGACCUGGGAGAACUGUCGAUGUACAUGGCAACGCCAAAGAGAAAGAGACGUCCGAACCCGCCGCCGCCACCGCCACCGCGGACGACUUCGUUGGAUGGCAAGCCUGAUACGAUCCCUCACGACCUCCUCGUACCCACCAGCCAUUCCGAUCAUCAGGCAGCUGCUUCAUGGGAGUCAAAGGCGAGACCAAUUUCCACCAUCGCCCCUCUCCCAGAACCCGGCCACAUCAGGAAGAUCUCUGCUCGCUAUCGUUGCGAGCUGCAAGGAUUGCCCCCGCAGCCCUUGACCCCAGUGUCAAGACCAGGAAGCCUUCGAAGUCGCAGCUCUUCCUACACGCAAGACUCGCCGGAUGGAGUUCAGAAACGUUCGGCCUCGUACAGCCUGUUCCCCAAAACACCCUCUCAAGACCAAUCUCAAAUUAUCUCAUCGGUUGGCUUGCCUUCUCCUCCAGCCACCACCCCUGGUGCCGCUUUUGAGAGUAUGUGCAAUGUAAGCGGACUUGGGCCGGAUACAAGGGAUGAGGAGAAGGAGCAGAUAUCAAGAGGCAGUCAGCUUGCCUCGAGAAGAUUGGGAAAGGCGCUUUCUAUCGAUACGAGGCAUGCCGAAGCGGCCGGUGGACACAUCGGCCACCCUCAAAGGACACCUUCGGUCACCGACGCACACUUGGAAACUUGUUUUGGAGCGCACCCUGACGCCCCCCGAAGGAAGUCAUCGGCCAAAUCGUCCUUGUCAACCAUCACGACAACCACUGGAGCCGCACCCCAAGUCUUGCGCAAGCACCGUCACGUUAGGUCACGAAAGAGUAUGCCAUCUCUUGUCCAUCCUUCGACGCCUCCAUCGGGACCUCCUCCUAGCGGACCUCUUCCUGCCUUGCCCACAGAGACAUGUCUUCCAUUGCCGAACAAAUUCAUCUCGGUCUCGUGUGGACCAAUGCCAACAAGGUCUCAAAGACCUCCGUUGAAACACAGUAAAGCCGAGUCGGCCGGCCCCUGGCUGGGGUCUAAUACACUGGUGACGACACAACCCCAAGCAACCAAACCUGCCACGACGCACAAGAGAAACGGCUCCUCAGUAUCUACCGUGGCAUCAGUGCGCCACGUUACCGCCUGGCUGCAAUCCGAUCGUGUUGCUGCCUUUUCUGCAAAGUGCGACGCAGCACCGACGUUGAACAACAUCAACGUCCCUGACAGCCCAGCCUUUAGCUGUGGCUUUGAGAAAUUAUUGUCAUGA